AUGGUCUUCUUCUCCGCCGCGGCUGCCGUUCUGGCCUUGUUCUCCGCCGCCAUUGCUGUCCCUCUGAUCAAGGGCGAGAAGCGCCAAGCGGUUGACGGCACAUUCGGCCUCAGCGUCGGCGAUCAAGGCCUCUUCGACCUCGACGAAAUCCAGACCUUCAAAUUCUCGUACGCCAACAACUCGGCAUACUUCGGCCAGAUCAAGUACCAACAGUACUCGGAGCCGCUGGUCAUGUCUGGGGCCAAAGUCGCGGGAGACACCGAGGGCGGCUUGACCUUCCUGUCCAUCCACUCGGCCCCCACGGGUUGGCAGAACGGCUACAUCCAGCCGAACAAGACGGGUCCUUUCCAGUUCAGCAUCGCUCAUGCCGGCGGAAACAUACCCGCCGACGCCGUUUCCACGGGCUUCUCCUUCCGCGACAGUGGCGGGCCACUGUUGUGGAAUGGCGAGAACAAGUUCUGGGCCUGUCAGAAUCCCGAACUGCAGGCCUUGAGUACUUAUCAGAUUUGGUGGAAGAGCGCGGGCGAGUUUCCCCUGGGAGUCGAUUGUAAAGGUCCCAUUGGCGCCGAUAUGAUUGAUGGGUGCCAGCGUGGCAACUAG